AUGAAUUUGGAAUCAAACUCAUUUACAAUUUUGUUUUGUUCUUCAGUGGAACUUGUUAGUUUAAGAGAAUCAGAAGAGAAACUUAAACAACAACAGUUAGAAGCCACCAGACGUGAAAAUAUUUUGGUCAUGCGUCUUACUACAAAAGAACAAGAAAUGCAGGAUUACGCUAAUCAAAUACAAGAAUUAAAACAGGGACAGAUAUCCAGUGUAGCCCAACUCCGAUCGGCACUUCUGGACCCAGCAGUGAAUCUUAUGUUUGAGAAAAUGCGUAAGGAAUUGGAUGGCGUGAAAGCACAGCUGGAGGAAACUCAGAAUGAACUGAGCGCAUGGAAAUUCACCCCUGACAGUAAUACUGGUAAAAGGCUGAUGGCUAAAUGCAGACUUUUGUACCAAGAGAAUGAAGAAUUGGGAAAGAUGAUAUCAUCAGGAAGGAUGGCUAAGUUAGAAGGAGAUUUAGCUCUGCAGAGGAAUUUCAGUGAAGCCAUGAAGAAAAGCCAGGAUGAUUUGGACGAUCUUCUGUUGGCACUGGACGAAGAAGUAGAAGGGAUGCAGAGCACUAUUUAUUACCUUCAGUUGCAAUUACGAGAAGCGAAAGACCAAAUAAGCAAAUAUUUACACGAAAAUCAAAAAUUGACCAACCUCUUAAAUCUCAGUUCCAUCAAAGAAGAGAUCAACGGAUUGGACGCGAUCAAUUGUAAUAAAGACGUCAAUCAAAAAAGUGCGGAGAACACGUGCCAAUCGUCCAUGUCCAACGCGGAGAAGCCCGACUCGUCGCUGCCGACGACUCUGAAAUUGGAACUGGUGGUCGAACCCCCCAGCAACCAGGACGCCAUCAGCGUGGCCAGCAGGGAAUCUUCGCCCUCGAUCGAUAACAGGACAGAAACGUCGUCCAAUUCCAACCCGGUAAUCGAGAAAAAGGUAGCUAGUCCAAUUCUGGGCACGAACGCUUUGUCCACAGAGCAAACUAGCGACAAUCAGCGACCCGCGGUAGACUGCAAUAACAAACCCACCGUUCCCUCGGAAAAUCACAGGCAGAGUUUCACGACGGAAUCGUUAAACGGUUCGUCGUUCGCGGCGGAAACCAUCAAUAACGCUUCGGAGGAGGAACUGACCACCACCCAGACCACGAACGACGUGCCAUCCGACAUCUCCAGCAGCGACACGGAAAGCGGUGCGGACAGUUCCGGCGGCAGGAAGUACAAGAGGAAGUUCGCCAACAGCAGAACGAACAGCCCGGUGGCGGACGGCGCUAAGAGGAGGAAGAGAGCCAAAUCGCAAACGUCGCCGGAAGGCAGUACGACGGAGGAGGAAACGCAGUUUUCCCAAAGCCCAAAGAGGCUAAGGACCGAACACGCGCACGAGCACAGCCCAGACAGAAACAGUAUCAAUAUCGAAAUCGAUACGGACACUGAAGUGCAGGUGGCUCAGACGCUGGCCUGUUGGGCCGCGGCCAACAAGGAACGCAAAGAGUCGCAGUUGAGGGCCAGAGAACACGACCUCUGCUCGCUGGGAAACGGCGAAUUAGACUGUACUUCGGUCAGCGAGGAAGGCGACCUCUGAUGUAAAUCCGUUCGCGAAUCGCACCGCUCCGUACACACAAAAAUAUAAAAAAUAAAGUGCGUGUCCGAUUAUCUCUUUGGGAAACGCUUACAUGCAGUACACUCGUAAUCUUGCAAAUAUACCAUUUGUAAUUUUUAAGAACGUAUUUAAAAAAACAGACAGACAUACAGAAAAAAAUGUAUCGAACACGUAGUCUUUUAAUACCGAAAUCGUACGUUAAGCAAUAUAUGAAUACGCUUUGCCCAAUGAAUCAUCAGUGCAAUGGAAGUGCUUUAAAAGACAUAUAUUUGUAUUUUUGUUCUUCUCGUGCUAUUCAUUUGGACGACUUCCGGUUUCUGCCGGAUGCGCGAUGCGCACGCGUUGUAUCUCUUUAUUUUAUUCCAUUCGGAAGAAUACGAAUCGUGUACAGUUUCAUUUAGUAUUUCUUAUAGAUUUUAAAAAUAAAUCCCAGAUAAAAAUAAAAAAAAGAAAUAACGCCAGAAUUGUCAUAUUUGUGAUCGUGUGCCAGUGUGAAAGUAUUUUCUUCCACAGUUAUAUACGAGAAUAAAUGUCUAAAAGAAAUCUGGUGGUUUUUUCUUUCGCGCCCCGUAGCACUUUACAUUGAAUUAGUGUCCUUUUUUACCUAGAGAUGGGCUAUGCGCUUGUGAUCAAUAUUCACAGGUCGGUAGUUUUCUUUUUGGUAGUAUGAGGGAGUGACAUCUUAUCGGGAAUGUAUUGUUUUUCCAGAAGUUUGGUUAAAAGACACGUCCCUUCUUUACGGAUUAUGGAAAAACUUAAACGAAAUUCUAUGAAGUGGAAACUGAAGCGACAAUAUUGAAAAAUUAGAUGAGAGAUAAAAUAAUGCAUGAUAAAUUUAGACUCUGGAUUGUAGAUUAGCUCAGUAAUGAUAAGUCCAUAAAUUUAAAAUAUUCGCCGUUUACACUAGAUUGCUGCGUCUUUUCAUAUCGCUAAGGUAAUAGAAAAUUUGCUGUUAUGCCAUUACUCGAACAUGUAAUGUCAAAAAAUGUCCGGAAAAUAUUCCGUCUGCCAUAUUAAGUAGUUUCAGAAGAGUUGCGUCUGAUUGAUUUAAAACUUGAAAAAUAAAGAACUUGUUUUUCAUAAAA